GAAGAGAAAAGACCCGUUAUUCUUCUCAGCUAUAUGUUGUAACAUGAAAUGAAGUGAAAAAUAAUUGGAGACUUGGGAGCAAAAAGAUGGCUUUCAGAAACCUUCCAAAUCGUAACGAUGUAUUUAACUGGUCUGCGAAUCAUUUGGCUGACUAUUUCAGAAUGCUGGAUUGGAAAGACUGUGAAAAAGUUGUUAAAAAGAACAGUAUUACUGGGCAGAGAUUUCUGAACAUGUCUGAAAAUGACAUUCAAAAGUUCCCUACACUACGAGUGCCACAGAUUCAUCAGCUGUGUCAUGAGAUUAACAAAAGGGAAGGGACAAGGAGCUUCUUCCCAAAGAGGCAUCAGAAUCAAAUAAUUCAUGAAUCUACAGAUGACAGACCCAUUGAUGACAUAGGAUGGGACUCAGAUGAAUUUACAGAAGAUGAUGAUGAUUAUGAGGACCCAGACCAACAGCAAGACUCUGGAGAUGAUGGUGGAGAUUAUGAAUCACCAACUGAAGAUGGUGAAGGGCAUAAUAGUGACAAUGAUUAUGAACCACCUCCUUCAAAUGAUGAAGAAGCUCAUCAGAUCAAGAUAUGUGCAGCAAAACCAAUCUCCAAUGAUUCAGACUAUGCAGAUAAACGGUCAACAAUAAAAUCUGCAAAUCAUCCACCCAUUCCCCCUCAGCGCCCUGGAUCAGUGCCAAUUACACCAGCUGGAAAUAGGGGCAAUAUGGCAAACAUGUUCUCCAAUCUGUCUGUCAGUGAAGAUUCAGGUCAAGGCAAAGACCGAAGCUUCUCAUCACCUGGUUAUAGAGCUCCUGUUGUCGACAGAAGUAGGAAACCCACUUUAGACCAGUCAGCAUCUGGACACAGUGAAAGAGAUUCCCCUUCAAUGGGAAAGAAAUCUCCAUUUCCAGAAAAGCCUGCCAUGCCAGGUCCACCAAGGCCUCCUUUUGGCAACAGACCUGAACCCACAUCCUCUCGGAUGCCGAAACCAACCAUGCCAGUAGACAGAAGCAAUUCAUCACUGGGUCGCAGGCAAACAUCUCCAAGACCAAGUAUACCGGACAGAAGACUUGAUGAUGAAGAAGAUAAUUUUCCUCAGAGACCAUUACCUCGACCAGUUGACUCUGCUUUGAAUGCCAACACAUUCCCGUACAGAACUCCAAGACCAGGACCAAAGCCCAACUUCUCUGGAGGGAACCAGCUUGCCAAUCCAGACAGUCUUUCACCAAGUGGCUCGCUGCCACCACGUUUUCAACAAGAAACCAACCAAUCUUUCUCAAGAGGUCCAAGUGACCCCAGACCACCUUUGCCUUUACCGGUCAAUAAAGGACGGCCAAUUCCACCAGCACCACAGGAACAGAGUUUGUCCAGGGAAUGGUAUGUGAGUGAUAUUAGUCGAACAGAAGCUGAAGCAGCUCUGCGAAGCAAUAAUAAGGAUGGUACUUUCUUAGUGAGAGACAGCUCACGUAGAAACAAUGAGCAGCCCUAUGUUCUGAUGGUACUGUUUGGAUACAAAGUAUACAAUAUUCCAAUCCGUUAUCAGGAGACCACGGAUGUAUUCUUAUUGGGGACAGGACUGAGAGGAAGGGAAAACUUCAGGUCGGUGACAGAGAUUAUUGAGUACCACUCACAGACACCACUUUUACUGAUUGAUGGUAAAGAUCCUAGCGGAGUACACAGGAAUCAGUGUGUGUUAACAUAUCCAGCUGGUCAAUAAAUACUGCAACUCGCUUUAGAAGGACCUGAAUUACAGGCAAUUUGAAGUACAACCAGUAAUGAACCUGUGUAGUGAUCCUUUAUAGGGAAAGGGGAAUCUGUAUAGUCUUAUGUGGGUCACUUGAUGUGCUCUGUAUUAUAUUGUGGUCAAAAUGUGACAAAGCCUAUCUUACUGCUUUACCGACAGCUAUCGAUGAUGGCAUUCACCCCAUCUUAGGAUAAGAUAUUGGUCUCCAAACAAACUUGUCUGCUAUCUGAUUUCUCCUCCCAAACACAUUGACCCUUCUCGCCCAUUGAACACAUUGGUCCCACUGAACACACUGGUCACCUCCCACCCCGAACACACUGACAACCCCCUGAACACGCUGCCCCCACCGCCCCGAACACACUGACCCCCACCGCCCCGAACACACU